AUGGCGACGCAACCAAGUGAAGAACAAGGAAAUUCGAAUCAUGCAGAACCAGCAGCAGAUAUUGAAAAUGUUUUAGCAAGCCUUGGAUCAGCUUCUUCCCAAUCUGGAGGUGCUUCAGCAAGGAUAAAAGUAUUAACUGAAGGAUCUGAAAAGUUUGCGUCUAUUGCAAAAAAUUCCGAAGAGGAAGUGGAUGAACCCUAUUACCGACCAUUGUUGCGAGCUGCAUUCCGGGGUGAUUGGGAAUCUGCUACAAGAUUUUUCGAACGAGAUGCUGCUUCAAAGAUGGCCAAAAUAACAAGGAGAUCAGAGACAUUGCUUCACAUAGCCGCUUUGAGCGCACAUGACCAAUUUUUAGAGAACCUGGUUGAGCUCUUGUCUCCGAAUCCAGUAGCGCUUGAAAUGGUUGAUUGUGGUGGCCGCACAGCCCUCCACAAUGCUGUCUUGUGUGGAAGGAUAAGGAUGGUCAAGGCAUUAGUUAGAAGUAAUCCUACGUUGACGCAACUUGCAGAUGAGGAAGGACGUGUUCCUUUGGGAAUAUCUGCUCUAGAAGCUUCUAUGCAUAAGGAGAUUGCCUGGUUCCUGGCGAAAAGUACAACAGACGAUGGGCCAAGUCAACCCUUUAGCAGUCCCUCCGCGAUUGAUUUCAUUUUAGAGCUCACCGACAGUGGUCAUCUUGGUAUACCGGUGAACUUGAGCUACAAACCAACAGAUAAAAAUUCGGAUACGGUUCCUAUAAUCAAGAGAGUUCACGAGAAGAAGCGGGUACACGUGGAGGCAGUCGAGUUGGGAAAACAAGUUUGCAUGGCGAUCUCUUGUAUGAGCACUACCGAGAUCACCGAAUUUUUCCAAGAUGGGAACUUGCUGUAUCAAGCUACACUCAGGGGAAUCAGUGAAAUCGUGAAGCUGUGUAUUCAGUUUUUCCCGGAGCUUAUUCGAAUUAGGCCCUUUGGUAAUAGUUUGCCGUCACAUGCAAUGCAGUUUCGCCAACCAAGGACUCUUGGACUCUUUCUGAAGUUAAGCUCAACCGCUGAGUUGUCAUUAGUCCUAAGGCCUACAUUCAACGAUUCAGAGGGGAUGAUGAAAUCAGUAGUGUCGUAUGGUUUCGAUAGUGACGUGACUGGAGCAGCUUUUGAAAUGCAAAGAGAACUCCAAUGGUUUAAGGCUGUGGAAAGCUGGAUUAUCCCUUCAGUGAGAUCCUACUACUACUUUGAGGAAAACAAUAAGGGCAUCGGGAAAACAUUUUGGAAAGCAUUUGUGGAAAACCACAAAGAGUUGCUUGAGAAAGGAGGGAAGUGGGUGAAGGACACAGCAAAUUCAUGUAUGCUCGUCUCAACUCUAAUUGCCACAAUAUUGUUUGCUGCUGCUUUCACCGUGCCUGGAGGCAAUGACAAUAAUACCGGAGUGCCAUUGUUGUUAGGACAAGAUUCUCUCUUGAUUUUUGCAAUUUCGGAUGCAUUAGGUUUGUUCUCCUCUGUGACGGCCAUCUUGCUAUUUCUAGCCAUUCUAACUUCGCGGUAUGAGGCACAAGACUUUCUGUACUCGUUGCCUAAGAAGAUCUUAAUGGGCCUUUGUUUUCUCUUCCUCUCCUUGGCUUUCAUGCUGGUGACCUUCGCUGCAACUCUCACAAUGGUGCUUCAUAAGAGACUGGAGUGGAUUCUCAUUCCCAUUAUUUUGCUGGCCUCUAUCCCUGUGGCUUUAUUCAUAAUACUACAACUUCCCUUGCUAUUCCAAAUGGUUCAAUCCACUUAUGGAUCUAGCAUCUUUCGUCCCGAGGGCAUUUGGGAUGGAGUCAAUUAUAUUGAACAAGAUCAAUGA